AUGAGGGUCUUCUCAGGUACCGGUAAUGCCAAGUAUUAUAGAAGCAAGGCCCGGUAUUUUGUAAAACGCCCCUUUUCAUAACACGUCCCAUUCGCGCGUCAAUUGUCAAAAAAGAACCAAUUGCAAUGAUAGCAACCCAAAUAUUAACAAACAAACUCGCAUUAAAAUGUUGCGGGGUUUUCUCUGCUUUAAUAUUCAAAAUAGAAACAAUGUGUAAAUGCCUGUGUUAAAACUCCAAAAAAGCAAGCAACGCAGUCAGUAAUUGCCAAAUUUACAAGUGCUCAUUUUCAACUAAAAUCGGAACAAGCAAAUUAAGACGAAUUUCAACAGAAAACCAGUCUCAAACUUCAAAUCGUGAGGGAAGUCGUGCGACCACAUCAGCAUUUAUAAUGUUGCUUCGCUGUCGCCAUUGUUAUAAAUAAAUUGUCUCACUUAUCAGAUCGUGUGUGCAAUUCUUGUUGGCGGCGGAAAGUACGAAAUUUACUUCAGUUAUUUCAUUUGGUGAGAACUCUACAAAAGAAGAGAGCGUUCAGAGUCCAGAUCGUUUCGUUUCAAACGGCAAUUUAAUACCGUCUUCUCUUUUGCUCUCUCAGCGAAGCCUUGUAAAUCGCAAAGUAUUUUGAAUAGGCUUUAAAAGGUUACUAUAGUUUUAUACCCCAUUCAUAUUAAAUGCUGCUAUUCCAACACCUCACGACAAGCAAUCCUCAUUGGCAUAACGGCAAAACAUCUCUUCCUUCAAGUAAACAAUAAACAGUCUGUUCUUGUUCCAUUUGUAAUCGAAAAAAGUGAUCAAGUUUCGAAUUUUAAGCUUAUCGAGAGCCUUUGUCUAUGCCUUUGUGAUGAAUCACUGACCUAAUUAUAGAAUCCAACAGCAAACAGCCAAUCAGAAUGCCGCGUUCGUGGGCGAACGCGGAAAGUACAAAAUACCCGGCCUUGCUUGCAGGCCCACUAUCAAGUUCCCUUCAGCCUGCUCCCUUGGGCCUGCACGCGGGCUAUAUCUCACAAGAAAUGUAUUAACGAAGCUUGUAGUGAGAGUAAGUUAAUAAAGUGUCAUGCAUGUAUACAUAUUUACUUUUACGAUGAAAAAUCUCACUCCAUCUUCAACGUGUCGUUUUCGUUAAUUUGUGAAAUUUUCAGUUUCCGACAUUGCAACAUGGUCUCUUCUUGAAAAGUUAAAAAGUUUGGAAUUCACUUCAGUCGUCCUUGGAGCUGCUGCUGGUUUUACGACUUGUCUACUUAUUACUGCUUGUCCAUAUUUACUCAAGAGGUAGUACUUAUUACUGCUUGUCCAUAUUUACUCAAGAGGUAGUACUUAUUACUGCUUGUCCAUAUUUACUCAAGAGGUAGUACUUAUUACUGCUUGUCCAUAUUUACUCAAGAGGUAGUACUUAUUACUGCUUGUCCAUAUUUGCUCAAGAGGUAGUACUUAUUACUGCUUGUCCAUAUUUACUCAAGAGGUAGUACUUAUUACUGCUUGUCCAUAUUUACUCAAGAGGUAGUACUUAUUACUGCUUGUCCAUAUUUACUCAAGAGGUAGUAUUACCUUGGGGCCGGUUGUUUCAUAGUUAAUAGAAUACAUGGUUUGGAAACUCAUUAGAAUAACAAUAUAACUCAUUAUCUAUGUUAGUCAACGUUUAUUCAUAAAUCUGGUCGUUCACCGUCACGUGCGUAUUGUAUUUUUGCCCAACUAACCAAUAGCAAUGUUUUAGGAAAGUUACCUAUCCGUGACUCAAACAGAAUAGGGUAAAGUGAAAAUUGCUACUGGUGGAUUUGGCAAGAAUACAAUACACACGUGACGGUGAAGGACCAUGUUUAUGAAUAAACGUUGACUAACAUCGAUAAUGAGUUAUGUUGUUAUUCUAAUGAGUUUCCAAACCAUCUAUUCUAUUAACUAUAGUUGUUCAAAGCUGGGUUAGUUUAACCCUAGGUUAACCUAAAAUUCAAAGCAAACUUCCUGACAGCUUGUCUAUAAAUUUGGAAAUAUUUCUUCAGAGAUCUUGUCUGGAUUGAUAGGAGUUUACUUCUCUGAAGUUUUGAAAUAAACAGACGUGUAGAAAUACACAAAAUAAAACAGCAGGUUAACUUUUAACCCAGGGUUAGCACUAACCCACCUUUGAAUAACGGGUCCUUCGUGUUUAAGAUGAUCAAUAUCGUUCAUAGCUGACAAAGUUUCCUUGCCGUUUAGGUUGGCAAGGAGUUUGAGAGAGAAAUAUCAAUCACGUCAAGACGAGAAGAUACCUAAACUACUCCCGUUUACCCAACAGCAAUCCCCAUUAAACCCACCAUUGCCACCUCCUCUCCCUCCACCUCCCCCUGCAGUGAACUGGAGACCAGUCCCUGUUCUCGCUACUCCACGACACGCAGCUGCAUGGAGGCAACCUGCACAUCAGAAGGAAAUGGCCAAUAAUCUUUUCAUGGACGAGUUACUGAAAGCAUUCAAGACAUUUAAUUUCGAUGCAAACAAACAGUUUGGAAAAUCAUCUGAUAAACCACCGUAG